ACCUGUAAUACCGACGGCGAUUGACGCGUAACUGUCAAUUGAAAACACCAACUGUCAUCAACAGAACAGUCAGUUUUCGGUAUUUAGAGGUUGUACUCGUACUCCGCCUUUUCUAGUAGUGCCUUCGGUUUGAUUUUGAGUUUUUUAAUAUUUUAAUAAACCACAAUUUGGAAUUAUGUCGGACGAAAUCCCGGAGAAUGGACACGAAAACGGCGAGGAUGUUCCGGUCGUCGAACUGAUAAUAAAAGCAUCAACAAUUGAUGGAGUUCGAAAAGGAGCAUGUCUUUUCUGCCAAGAAUACUUUAUGGACCUAUAUUUAUUAGCAGAAUUAAAAACAAUUAGUUUGAAGGUGACAACAGUCGACAUGCAAAAACCGCCCCCCGAUUUUCGCACCAAUUUCGAAGCGACUCCGCCUCCGAUUCUAAUCGAUAGGGGGACCGCAAUUUUAGAAAACGAAAAGAUAGAAAGAUAUAUCAUGAAAAAUGUACCUGGUGGAUACAAUCUGUUUGUUCAGGAUAAAGAAGUAGCGACUUUAAUCGAAAACCUUUACAGCAAACUAAAAUUAAUUUUGGUUAAAAAAGACGAAAAGAAAAACAACCAAUUAACCAGUCAUCUAAAAAGGAUUAACGAGCACCUCCAAAAACGUGAAACAAGGUUUCUUACGGGCGACGCAAUUUGUUGUUUCGAUUGCGAAUUAAUGCCCAGAUUACAGCAUAUUCGCGUCGCUGGUAAAUACUUCGUCGAUUAUGAAAUACCGGAAGAUUUCGUCGCUUUGUGGCGUUACAUGUAUCAUAUGUAUCAAUUGGACGCGUUCACCCAAAGUUGUCCCGCCGAUCAAGACAUUAUCAAUCAUUACAAGCUUCAGCAAGCGAUGAAAAUGAAAAAACACGAAGAAUUAGAAUUGCCAACGUACACAACGUCGAUACCAGUUGAUAUUGGUGAUGUUCAGUAAAAAGUACCAAAUUCAUUUUUUGAAGGGUUUUUUUUUGUAUGAUGUUAAGCUUUUUAACGCGCUUUGUUUAGGUUAUGUUUAAAAAAUAUAUAUAAAACGAAAAGGAAUUAUGUGUACAAGUUGAAAUUGAAAUUGAGGCGUUUUAAUUUGCCAUAAUCAUUUUUGAGUUUUUAAGAAUUUAAUUUAACAUUAUUUUUGUAAUUUAAUUUUUAUUUUGGUUAAUCACUAACUUAAUAAAUUAUACAGUAACUUAAUUAAAUUUAAAAUUUAAAGCAGUUGGUAUGAAAGUUAAUAAUUUUUGCAGAUUCAAAAUAUUUUUGUAACUGUUUUUAUUUGGAAGUAUUUUUAAUUUUAUUUCUUUAUCGUGUAGGAUUAAAGUAUGUACAGUUUAAUUGAGUUAUAUAACUUUAAUUUUUCCAUAUUAUUAAUAAUAAAAGAUUGAGGAUUA